AUGCAAAUUAAAGAUAAAAUCAUAAUUGUAACAGGCGGUUCGAAUGGUAUUGGUGCUGCUUUAGUUCGGCGACUCAUUCGCGAAGGUGCAAAAGUAAUUAUUGGUGAUAUUGACGAAAAAUCAGGCCAAGAGCUCGUAACUGAGUUGAAUAAAAUCAAUAAAGGCAAUACAGUCUUUGUCUUUUGCGAUGUAACAAACGUUGAACAUCUACGCCGAUUGUUUGAUACUGCACAGAAUAAAUUUGGUGGUGUUGAUAUUGUAUGCAAUAAUUCUGGGAUUAUCCAAGCGGAUGAAUUUUAUGACCAAACUGAUAGAUGGAUGAAGACUAUCGAUAUUAAUUUAAAUGCUGUAAUCAAGGGUACACAAUUGGGAAUUCAAUUUUUAAAAAAGCGUGGUGGCGGUGUUAUCAUAAAUACAGAUAUUACAGUAGGACAAUUUUAUGAGGAACUUAUUGCAGGAAAAAUUGUUUCUGAA